AUCCAUGCGCACUGCGCGACAGACAAGCAGCGGCCGGACCAGGGGAAACGUCUGUGUAUAAUUGUGCAUGUGUGGGCCGCAGGUGUGUUUCUUACCAAAACGGAUCGAAAUUCAAACGAAGAACUGUGAACGAUAGUAAAAACUAUAUAUUAGCGCUGCAUUCAUAAGGCCGCCAUUGUGCCAUGUUCGUGCGGUGGAGAGUCCAGUAUUAAUUACCGCAUACUACAAGCACUCCGAGUGUUGUAGUAAAACCUUUCAAGAUGGCCUACGUUGUAGGCGAUGUCAACGACAAGUACCGCAUAGAACAUUGUUUGACAAUUCGUGGAAAUGAUGCUAUUAUUGUAAAUGGUUUUAAGUACCGAUCCGGAGGCGCUGGCAAUAAAAGUCACCUGUGGCGUUGUAUAUUGAAGCAAUGCGGUGCCUUCUGCAGGACGAACUUAAGUGCCACUUACAUUCUGAACUACAAAUUUUGUCAUGAACAUCCCGAGACUGCAGUUCGAAAAAAAUCUAAACGAAAGAGGGCGCUUGAAGAUGAGAGCGUCGUACCGUGCAAGCUGUUCAAGAAUAGUUCCACCUGUGGGGAUGAGCAAUUUAAUCAACAGAAAGAUUUCGGCAGAAACUACUCUAGGCCAUCAAACUGCCAAAACGCAUCUCGCUGUUUCAGUGAAACCACACCCCAAGGCAGCGACCAGGAACACUGUCAGCCCGUAGCACGUGUUAAGUUAGAGCCCCAGGCUGCUCCAACGAAAAAAAGCAGCGAUGAAAAUCCAUUUUCGUUUAAGAAAUUUUUAUCUGGCCCUCAAACUAGUGCAAGACCUAAGUCAGGAGCAUCUCCCAGAUCAAGAAAUAAUGCCCCAGACUUUGCAAGUGAUCUCCCAGAUUUUGUACAAGAUCAUUUUCUUGAUGAGUCCCAAAUAAAGAAGGAGCGAAUAGCAAGAAACCCAGAUCUUGAUCUCCCCGAUUUUGCGCUAACUUCCAACAUCGAAGAAAAUGUAAGUGCCUCUGGUCAGAACAGUGGGGACCUCCCUGAUAUUGGUGGCAGUGGUAUAGAAAACGGAGACCAUCAUUCGGAUAAUAGUGAUGAGGAGUCGACAAGGAACAGGCCUACCAUGCCGUCUAGUAUAUCUAGUCUUCCAGACUUCUUGUCCGAUGGAGCAGUGAACAAUACAGAGCUGUUUAAUGGUCAUAGUGGUGGAGGGACCGAAGCUUCUGUGCAUAGUACCCAGAGAGGAGUGCGGGAUGUGUCAUCCUUGGAGGUUCAUGGAGACUUGGAACUGGAGAACAGAAGAUUAAGAGAAGAGAAUCAAAAGUUGAAAACAAUAGUGGAGGAUACCAAAAAGUUAGCUGUGAAAGAAUCAGAGAGAGUGUCUGAGCUGCUGAAACAGAUGGAGAGGCAGCAGAAGAAGGAGGCUGAGGAGACGGCGGUGAUGGAGCGAGCCGUGCAGCAGGUGGAGGCCAACCUCGUCACUACAACGCAAAGAGCAGUAAAGGCUGAAAACACAGUAGCAAAGUUACGACAAGAAGUGAAGACAUUGCAGAACAAGAUAUCAGCUCUUCAGACUGACAGGGACUCUUCUAACGCUGAAGAUGGUUUGUCUGCUAUCCUGGAGAGAACUAAGUACUCUUCCGACCAGCUGGCGUCUGCUGCCGACACAGGAGAACAGGCCAUCAAACAACUCAUGACGGGAGUAGACAAGCUCCGCCUCUUGUCCCAAGUCCUAGCGUCCAUCGACAAGAUAACAGAUGUCCCCGAUGAAGAGAAUGCUGAGUCAGCGCAGUCCUCCCACAACACAUGACGUCACGCAGCGUGCCAACACACACGCUGGUUGACGUUGAGAUAUAAUGCACAACAUUGUCAAGGGUAGCUGUUUCCUUUCCUCAUUGCAAUGCUGGGGUAGCCCAAUGGGUGUGGUGCUCAAUGAUCAGUCCUGGGUUCAACUCCCUUCAUGGGUACAUGCUGUGAUAUUGCUUGAAAUGUUGGUUAUAGUAACUGUACUUGGUGUUGUGCUUAUUGUAGCUUAACAUCUUUAGUACAGUGAAAAGUGUUUUAAAGAAUGUCGGGGAAUUUUUUCAACCAGUGUCAAAAGUGUUUGCCUUUAUCCUGAACCUGGCUUUUUUUAGAGUGGUAUUUUAUGAACUAUAAUUAGCUGAAUUUCCAAGCAUAACCUACAGCAAAUAUGAUAGUGAGCUGUAACUAUGCAUUAUUACCAUCAACUGGUUCCACAAUAUUGCUGAUUGUGCAUAUUUUGGUGGAGGAGAGGGUGAGUCAAUAAAUUGAGAGAUGUGGAACUGUCUCAUGUAUUGUCAUUAAAGCUUGAAACUGAUGGAUACCAGCUACUGGGACAAUACAAAACCUCAUGCCCCCCUUUAAUUGAUAAAUUUCUGUUGUUGUUGAAUACCUCUCUGGUUUUAAGUUUGCUUGUCAUAGAUCUCAGGUUCAGGUCCCGAGAAGGGCACAUCGUUUAACAUUGUUCAAGGUGCUACUUCCAUUAUUUGGCUAGUAGGAUACUGCAAGCAGCAUAUCACACUCUCAGUAGACGGUGGAUCAUUUGGUGCCGUAUUUACCAUAUUAGGCGCCUGAUCCAGUAGAAACCCCACCAACAACUAUGUGUGAAAAUGUCUGAAGUAAAUGUCGGUACUGAAUUCUAAAUUGGAAUAAAGUCAUGAUAUUAUAUUGUAAACUAAUCUUAUAUCUCUGUGGAGGUUAUUUGCAUUUCACUGACAAUACCAUGUAACCAAAAGGAGGCUGUAAUGUUUAGUUUUUGCAUUGUAUCAAAUAUUAGAAUGCCUAUCAGUUUAAGAAAA